UUCAAUAUGAACAAACUAUGCACUUCAAACCAAAUUUCCUUAAAUUUUUGAAUUAUCUACCAUCAAAUGUAAUUCUACAAUUCAAACCCAAUUCUCUGUUUUUCUACUGCACAAAAAUCAAUCCUCAAAACCCUAAACCAUUUAUUCUCAAACAAUGCAUUGCACUUUUGCAAUCUUGUGCUUCAUCCUUUUACAAACUUAAACAAAUUCAUGCCUUUUCUAUCAAACAUGGUGUUCCUUUAACCAACCCACUUCUUGGAAAACACCUCAUUUUCUUCUCAAUUUCACUUUCUCCAUCCAUGUAUUAUGCCCACCAAAUUUUUCCCCAAAUUGAAACCCCAAAUAUUUUUACUUGGAAUACCAUGAUUAGGGGUUAUGCUUUUAGUGAAAAUCCUAAACCAGCGAUUGAUUUAUACUUCCAAAUGAGGGUUAAUCUUGUUGAGCCUGAUACACAUACUUAUCCUUUUCUUUUGAAAGCAAUUUCUAAAUUGUUGGAUGUUAAGUUAGGUGAAAUGGUGCAUUGUAAUGCUGUUAAAACUGGUCAUGAAAAUUUGGUUUUUGUUCAAAAUGGGUUGGUUCAUAUGUAUGCUACUUGUGAAUAUCCUGAGAGUGCUUACAAGGUGUUCGAGAAAAUGUCUGUGAGAAAUCUUGUAACUUGGAAUACUGUAAUUAAUGGGUUUGCAUUGAACGGGAAACCUGAUCAGGUUCUGAACUUUUAUAAGGAGAUGAGCUUUAAAGGUAUUGAGCCUGAUGGGUUUACAUUGGUGAGCUUGUUAUGUGCUUGCGCCGAGCUCGGGGCAUUGGCAUUGGGUAGGAGAGUUCAUAUUUACAUGCUCAAAGUUGGUUUGAUUGAGAAUUUACAUGCAGGGAAUGCUCUUCUUGAUUUCUAUGCAAAAUGUGGAAGAAUUGAGGAAGCUAAAUAUGUCUUUUAUGAGAUGAAAGAAAAAAGUGUGGUGUCUUGGACAUCUUUGAUAGUUGGAUUGGCUGUUAAUGGGUUUGGAAAUGAAGCAAUCCAUCUUUUUAACCAAAUGGAAGGGGAAAAAUUGGCACCAACUGAUAUUACCUUAGUUGGAGUCUUGUAUGCUUGUAGUCAUUGUGGAAUGGUGGAAAAAGGGUUUCAUUAUUUCAAUAAAAUGAAAGAAAAAUAUGGAAUUACACCAAGGAUUGAACAUUAUGGUUGUAUGGUUGAUCUAUUAGGUAGAUCAAGGAAGGUAAAAGAAGCAUAUGAGUUUAUUAAAAACAUGCCCAUGAAACCAAAUGUUGUUAUAUGGAGGACCCUGUUAGGUGCUUGUUCUUUACAUGGACAUCUAGCCCUUGCACAAAUUGCAAGGGCUAAGCUACUAGAAUUAGAUCCGAAACAUUGUGGUGAUUAUGUACUUCUUUCGAACCUCUACGCAUCGGAGCAUCGAUGGACAGACGUGCACCAAGUACGAACCAAAAUGGUGAAGGAUGGAGUUAGGAAAACGCCCGGAGUUAGUCUUGUUGAGUUAAGAAAUCGCGUGUAUGAGUUUGUGAUGGGCGAUCGAUCUCAUCGACAAGAUAAAGAGAUAUAUGAUAAGCUAAGAGAGAUCAAUAAGGUUCUAAGAUUGGAAGGUUAUGUGGCUUGUACAAAGAAUGUGUUGGCUGAUAUUGAGGAGGAAGAGAAGGAAAGUGCAUUAAUAUAUCAUAGUGAAAAAAUUGCUAUUGCUUUUAUGUUGAUUAAUACUUUACCAGGAACACCUAUAACUGUGAUGAAGAACUUAAGGGUUUGUGGUGAUUGUCACCUUGCAAUUAAACUCAUUUCCAAGAUUUUUGAUAGAGAAAUUGUUGUAAGGGAUCGUAGUCGAUUUCAUCAUUUUAAACAUGGUUCUUGUUCUUGUAGAGAUUACUGGUGAUCAAUAGUUUAGUACGAUACUGGUCUUCAUAAUGUCAUGCAGAAAUGUUACAUGUUAUUCUCCAAUUUGAAUGAAUAGGUGGUAGAGGAGAUGAAUCACUAUUCAUUAGCAUCUGAAUAAAAUGAUUGUUAUUGACCAUGGAUUUUUCCGUAGUGGUAGAAUCAACACAUUGUAUUUAGUGUUAUCUCCUCUGCCAAUUCCAUAGUAAGCUAUUGCUAUGUAGAGAAAAGUCACUGCAGAGUACAAGCUGCACAAAGCUUCCAACUUGUAUCUAUAAGUUGUUGGUCCUAACUGUGAACAAAUUAAUAGAUACCUAUGUACUUGCAUUUUCAUUGCCAUGGCAAUCCAAAGUAAAGGUCAAUUCUCCUUGCCACCCUUCUCUACAAUGGCGAUUGCUUUAAAUCCACAAUUACUACCUCUAUAAGGACAAAAAUAUGUGGAAGAGAUUUCG